UUACCUACAAUAUGUGAUGGAUAUUCCGACAAUGAUAUUUUCAACAUGGACGAAACAGGUCUGUUUUAUAGAGACAGCACGAAGAACACAUUAAAAGUAAAAGGAGAAGAGUGUGCUGGGGGGAAGCGCAGUAAGGAGAGGAUAACAGUGGCUCUGUGUUCAAGUUUGAAAGGAGAAAAACUACCAGCUCUUGUUAUCGGAAAUGCAAAGCAGCCGAGAUGUUUCAAUAAAAUCAAACCGGAGACACUGCCCGUCAUAUAUCGCAACAACCGGAAGGCUUGGAUGAACUCCUCACUCUUCGACGGAUGGCUCAAUCAAGUCAACAGAAAAAUGAAACGCCAAAACCGGAACAUUCUUCUAUUUCUGGACAAUGCCCCCUCACAUCCGAAGAUCCAGCCCAGCAACGUGAAGCUUGUUUUUUUCCCGGCAAACACCACGUCCAAGUGCCAACCGAUGGACCAAGGGAUUAUACAAACGUUAAAGCUCAAGUACAGGAAGCGGCAGUUAAAACAUGUGAUUUGUGCCAUGGACAAGGACAAAACGAAAUGUGGUACACAGCUUUUGAAGGACAUAACUUUACUUCAGGCCAUUUAUUGGAUUGACAGUGCGUGGGAGGAAGUCGAUGUGACAACCAUCGCAAAGUGGUUUUAUAAAAUGUGGGUUUUCAGAAUCUCAACAACCCGUACAUUACGAUGACGAUGAUGAUAAUGAUGACGACGAUGAUGAUGAUGUUCCACUGUCAGUGCUUGCUUUGUCUAGGGACUGUUCGACUGUGACUUUAAGGAUUUGGUUGCGAUUGACCAAUCGAUGGCCAGCUGUGACCUAGCUCUCACCGACUGGAACAAGGAUGCCAGAGACAUACUGCAGGAUAUAACUGUAGAUGAUCCAGUACUCAGUGAUGGUGAUGGAUGAUGAUGAGCAAGGAGAUGAUGAAGAUAAAUCCAACCCUGCUCAAUUUCUGAGGGCGAGUUGUAUAUCAAGCGAUUGCGAGCACUAGCCCUUUCUCAAGGAAAAUCCAAAAUGUUAAAUCAUGUCAUGGGAGUUGAUGAGUGUCUACUUGAAAUGAGAAUGAAUAAUGUAGAAGGACUAGUACAGCAGUCGAAGAUAUCCGACUUCUUUCUUCAGAAGUAAUCAUCUUUCCUUGAUCGAUACAGUGUGUUGUAUUGUCCUCCUGUACAUCCUCCUGUACACACUAGAUGAUAUUUUUUUAAUAUUUUGUA